AGAUUUUAAUCAUAUCAACAGUCAUGUGAGUCGGCUCUCUUCCCGCCGACAUUUACUUCUUCACUGCCAAAUUUGCCUUUUUAUCUCGGAGUUGGUGAAGCGGAGAGACCCGGGGCGAGAAAAGGUCAUAUUGCCCCGAUGAAGGAACGGACACAAGGAAAGAAGAAUAUUUUAUGCUAAAGCGAAUGGGUGCGCAGAGGAAAGUAACUACGGAGAAAGAACAACAAAGAGGAAAGACGUAUGUUUAAAUGUGAUUUUAGUUAAGUUUCUCCUGGAAAAUAUUGGUGCGCUGCAGAGUUGAACCGCCCUCGCCACCUUCUUAUCUGUGGACGGGAAAUAUUAAGGACAGUAAAAAGCAAGGAAUACUGAGGCACGAAGGAGAGGCAUAAAUCACAUGGAUAGCUUUGCGACGGAAGUGAACAGCAAGUCCGGGUCGUAAGUGGGUCACGUGACAGUUUUGUGGAGUAGGCAACGGCUCGCGCAUUCUGACUUCUUUCUCGCCCUCACUUUCAUCCAACCUCGAGUCACUCCUUUCUUUGUAGUCACGUCGUUUUUCCCCUCUUUGCCUCCUCCCAUUUAACCUUCGCUCCUCCAUUUUCUCUUCUCCGUCUCGCCCCUCGUCCCCCGCCCCUCCUUCUCCUCCUCUCUCCCCCUCGAGUCGGAAUGCCAGCCACCAUCAACAUGUACGGCGAGUCUGACUACCUGACAGCGCCGUUAGCCUCCGUCGAGGAUCUGUCCCGCGUCAACACCCCCGGGGGCUCUCCUUCGCCGAGGCCCCGUCAGAAGCACCCUGCCCUCGAGGACCCAAACUGGGAGCCCCCGGAGGAUCCCACGCUGUACCCGAAGGAGCCCGAGCUCUCCCUCGAGCCCACGGUCCUCACUCCGCUACAGCCGAGCGCCCUCGAGGACUCCGGGCCGCCCGACCGGUACAAGCUGGUGUUCAUGACGCUGGUGCUGCACGGUGUGGGCACCCUUAUGCCAUGGAAUAUGUUCAUCACAGCCGACAAGUACUUCACGGACUACAAGCUCGUCACAGAUGACGGCGAGAGGUCCACCUACGCCAAAAACUUCCUGACCUACAUCGGUUUUGCUGCACAAAUCCCCAAUGUUCUCUUCAACUGGAUUAAUAUUUUUGUCCAGUUAGGAGGAAACCUCACCAGCCGAAUAGUGUGGAGCAUCUUAAUCGAGGUCGUCAUUUUCGUCUUCACGGUCGUCCUCGCCAUGAUCGACUCCGCGGAAUGGCCGGAUGUCUUCUUCUGGAUAACCAUUGGCUCUGUCAUCAUCCUCAACAUUGCAAAUGGAAUCUACCAGAACACUGUUUAUGGCAUGGCAGCACGACUACCCUUCGCUUAUACUGGUGCUGUAGUGUUGGGAUCGAACAUGAGUGGGACAUUCACAGCUCUUAUCAACAUCAUUGCUAUUGCUAUGGCACCAAACACCAGGACUUCAGCCAUUUACUACUUCAUUACAGCACUUUUCGUUCUCUUGGCUUGCUUCGACACAUACUUCGCUCUUCCACUAAACCGAUUCUUCAGAUACCAUGAGGCUCAGCAUGAGAGAGCCAAGAAAGCGGCCAAGAGAGAUCCCAGCAAGCCAAAGGUUCCUUACUUCUACAUCUUCAAGAAGGCCUUCCCCCAACUCUUCAAUGUAUUCAUGGUCUUCUUUGUCACCCUGGCUGUCUUCCCAGCAGUUCUUCCUGGACCACGUUUCCUGUGUAUCCCAGUGCUCCUCCGCCUCUUCUUAAUCCCAGCAUUCUUGUUGUGCCACUAUUACCCCAAGGGUGAAAUGCGGAUAUUGCCUGUGUUGAUAGACUCAGACUGGGCAUACUGGGUCCUCUCCAUGAUCCUGGGUAUCACCUCAGGAUACUACUCUUCCUUGGCUAUGAUGUACUGCCCAAGGACUGUUGAACCAGAGCAUGCACCAGUGGCUGGAAUGUUUGGGGCUGCAUCUCUCAUCACUGGAAUUUUUGCUGGGAUCUACUUCCAGCUCGUCUGCAAGUGGGCUGUGAAAAACAUCUCCUUUGAUACUCCUGGUUAUGAUUUCCCAAUGAGGAACUGUACGGAUCGACUUAGCUAGAAAUGGGAGUUUAGAAUAUUUUGAGAAUACUGGUUAGUUU